AUGAUCAACGAAGUCUGGGGGACAUUUCCUAUUCCAGCGAGCAUUGUCCUUGAACUUUUUCGAAACGAUGCUGUGGAGAACACCAUGAAGGAUGACGGGACCUACAAUAUUGAGGCCUAUCUACCAAACGCUGAACUCAUCCUAUGGAGUUUCACGGGUAUCGCGGCGAAGUUGUUCAACAGGAUCAGGGUCUUUUCGAGCAGUUCUUGA